GCGAUUUCCACCUCAGCAACUUGUGCGCAUUCUGGAGCUCUUUGGGCAGCCGAUCAUGCAUGGGGUAGAUGCAUCUGAGAGGCGGCGGCACCGAAGGAGGAGGGUACGUGAGAGGCAGAGAGAAAGGGGAAGGGAAAGGGACGCGCAACGCAGGGCCUGAGCAAGCAAUAGCUGGUGAGGGCCCCGAUGGGGCCAGGCCCUCAGAUGAAAACACCCAGGUAUCAGAUCGUGCUGAAGCCAGUGCCCGAGCGGAGUGAUGUGAUUCGCCUGCUGCUAUGGCUAGCAGUGCAGCACAUUGGCAAGCAUCCGCAAAUGGGAGGCUCGGUGAAAAUCAUGGAACGGAGGAUGCUCCUAUGAGCAGGGGUGGUGGGGCCUCUGGUUCUGGAGGGAAUGGAACGUCUGCAGCAUCUGAAAAUUCCAGGAGGAGGAGUGAUCUGGAGCUGGACGAUGAUGGUGAGGGAAUUGAAGUGGAAGACAAGGAGUGGGAUACUGCUGACGAGGAUGAUGAUUAUGAAGGUGUGGGUGGUGAGGCUGGUGAGGACGAGGAUGGGGAUGAGGAUGACAACGAUGAGGAGGAGGAGGAGGAGGAGGAGGAGGACGAGGAGGAGGACGAUGAAAAUGAACUGGAAGAUGAUGACGAAGAGGAGGACAAGGAAGAGGAGGAUGAAGAGGAUGAAGAAGACGAAGAAGAGGAGGAGGACGAGGAUGAUGAUGAGGAGGAGGAGGAGGUUGAUUUGGAUUAUGCCCAGGAGUUGGAGAAUGAAAACAGAGAUGAGCAUGAGAGACGGGAACAGGGUGCAAGGGUGCUGCAAAUCGACAAUAAUGGGAUGGAAAGGGAAGUCACGGUGAGGGAAGUUGGCAUUGAAAUCAGACAGGAGCAGAGUGCUGAAGCUGCGGGAGAAAAUCCAAGUGCAGCAGGGGAUGCAGAGGAGGGGCAGAGACAGCAAGGGGCCAAUGGAUUGCUGUUGCCACGCACUCAGGAGAGUAGUCCAUUGCGCACUGCCCUGGAUCGUAGCCCUGAUGCCAGUGGAAGCCGAAGACGAGAGGAAGGGUCGGAAACACCUCUGGGUCUUAGACAUGGCAUGGGUGGAGAUGAUGGUAGUCUGGAAGGUCCAUCUGUCUUUGAAGACGGUAGUCUGCAGCAGGAGGCAGUAGGAAGUGAAGGAACCAGAAGAAUGAGAAGGGUGCAGGAUGUCAGAGACAAGAGAGUCUCUGAGAUGUUGUCAGCAGCUCUUCAUUUUGACGGAAUAUCGUCAGAUGGUUCGAUACAGGGAAGGGCACUUGCCUUGGUUUCUGCAGGAGGGAGAAGUGGGGAUGGAGACGUUGAGGGUACUGCAAAUGACCUGAUGUCAAGGCUGAGGGGAGGUAACGGAGCUAGCGGAACUGGGGGUAAUAGUACGGCCGGAGCUGCUACUGCUUUGCAAAGUACUGAUCCUGCCUCGCAGUCAUUGGAGGAAGAUGGGAAUGUGGAUGAUCGGGGGAGAGGUGGUGGAGCUGGUGCAUCCUCUAAUGGGGGGGGGGGGUUCUUCAAACUGGACAACAGUUAGGAACACUCUGCUGAACGUUGCGGUCGGUGUUGCAUUUUAUUUCAUUGGCUUGCACGUUGUUGGAUUUCGAGAUCAAAGAAGGGUACGUGAAGGCUUCACUACGGAAAUGGGAGAUUUCAUGCAAAACAGGCGGCGAUCAUGGUGGCAGAUCUUCUGAGUAGCAGAACCUGUCGGCAUGCUGCAUGGUUCGUAUCCCUGUGUGCUUAGCGGACCCACCCUUUGGAACGCUCUUAGUUCUCCCCACACCUCAUCACGAACAAAGGAAAUUGUCGAUCUCAUAUGUUAAAUGCAGAGGCGAGCAGCAGUUUGUCUGGUCGGGCCUUUUCACGAGGAACUGUGCAGAACCGCUCGCAGCACCAGAUGAGUGCGUCGUUUGUGGCAAGCCCCAGAUCCGAGGAUGCUCGAAAUGAAUUUGCUGGGAGCAUAUAUGGUGCGGAUGGAAAAGCUUGCCGAUGGUGAAGGCUUGACUGCAUGUAAAUGUCACUCAUGCUGUUAUCUUUCCAGUGCAUGCUUGGAAGAAGCAUGAAUCCUGGGGAGUGCCGCGCUGCUCCGCUAUCGGCCCGGUCCGUUGCGCACCCGCAGUGCUUCGUUGGCUUCGAUUUUUGCCGGUGUGUUCUCGGGCGAUUUCACGUGGGCAUAUGGGUGAUGGUUGUUGGGGAAUGCUUCUACUUAGUGCUUGGUGUAUAUCCUGAGUGGCCAUCGACGCGCAAGCUUCCACGUGGACGCUCUUCCAGCUUUGCCAAUUAGGGAAAGUUGUCUUCGGCUCUGCGCUUCGUCCAAGUGGUGUCGCAGUUUGGCACGCUGGCGAAGGGGAGACUAUUGUCGGAAGAAGGAUGAUCUCGAUGAGAUCUUGGCCACAGUGGGAAGAGGAAGAUCAUUCCUCCGCUCCUGCGCAGUGUUGAGGAGGUUUGUUGGGAAUCGCGGGCGGAAAGGGAGGAGCGCGUUCUCACGUGGAGUGGUAGGAGGAGGAUCGUUCAAGUGCGAGCAUCCGGAAGGGACUGUGACGAUGUUUUCUGCUCCGACUAGUUGAUGGGCUCACUGUUCAGGGGAAGGUAGUUGCGCCGAAAAGACUGUGGCGAUCGUGGUGCUGUUCUUGUUUCUUCGUAUGGUCGCAUCUGCACCGCCCUUGUCCGAUAAUACUGGUUAGAGUAAAAUAGCUAUUGCAGUUAAACCUUCUAUGACAAUUUGGUAAUUGUCGUAUGGGCUCACUGUUCAGGGUAAUUACGAUCAGGGUUAAACCUUUGUAUGGUCGUAUCUGCACCGCCCUUGUCCCCGAUAAUACUGGUCAGAGUAAAAUAGCUAUUGCAGUUCCCAAGGUAAGUUCAAUUUCUUCAAUUAUAAUCUUGGUUUGUCUUGGUCUUACUUCAACAUCAUUCAGUCUGAAUCGUUAGCACAAUUCACUAUAGUUACGUAUCUUUGAUUCUCGACUAUAUCUUCUAAAAAUCCCGAGUGCUUCUGAAUUCUACUAUCAUAGCCUAAAUUCUGAAGAAUUUUUCCGAUAAUUAGUUUUCACUUUUUAAAUCUGUAUCGAGUGUAUGUGGUGGGAGCUGCCAAUUUUUGGUUGGCGUAAGGGGCAGGGGAAUGGUUGCAACAAAGCUCUACUGACGCC